AUGGCAACAGAAACCGCAUCCUCUCUUCCACCUGACCUGUUCGACCAAACCACAAUCAUCUCUCUCCUAUCGACCCUCGCCAUCGUCUUUGCCGCAUACAUCACCUCCCUCAAGUUCCUACCAUCUUCAUCUUCGGGAACCCUUCGCUUCCUGUUCAUCUGGCAUCUCGCCGACGCGCUGUGUCAUUUCCUUCUCGAGGGAAGCUUCUUGUACCACUGCUUUUUCUCGCACCUGCCACUCCUCAAAGAUGCAAAGACGGACCUCUUCCCUACGCCUGCAGGAUUUCUAGGAUACAGCGAUCGCGUAUAUGGUGCGCAGUCAGGCGGAGAUAACCCGUUUGCUAUGCUGUGGAUGGUGUAUGCCAAGGCGGACAAGAGAUGGGCCGGCGUGGACCUGGCAGUCGUGAGUUUGGAGUUGUUGACGGUGUUCUUUGACGGUCCCCUGGCUAUCUACGUGUGCUAUUGUCUUGCCAAGAAAGACCCCAAGGUCAGCAUCUGGAUGAUCAUACUGGCUACUUGCGAGUUGUACGGUGUCCUUGCCUAA